AAAACAACCGUCUGCCUGCUGCAGUUCUUUAAGGCCAAAGUCUUAAGCCCUCUCCUGUUCUGUUACAUAAGGAAAUCCCUGUAGGUGUAAAGACAUCACUAGAGCCAAUACAAACUGGUUAAAAUACCGACUCAAGCAAAUUUAUGGAGGAAAACCUCUGGCCCGACUCAUACUCCUAGUGUUCUUCAUAGAAGAACCAAAUCUCAUCUGAUCAGGCUUAUUGUGGAUCUCCUUACGAAGGAAUAUGCAUGUUGGGCAUGGAAAGAGCUUGUGGUGAAGCUGAACAAAGAAUUCAAGAUCUUGACAUACAAAGAUCUCUGUUGGAUUAACUAAGCAAAGAGAAGUUUUGUGCAAUAUGAAUAGAAGACAAAAUUCUGGAGGCAUAAACAGGACGAGAGUGUCCAAGCCAAAAGUUAUAUGUUUUCUUUUAUUUUGGGGAAUGCUGCUUUUAUCAGUUGAGGGGACAUCAAAGCACAAUGUUCCAAGACUUAAACUAUCUUACAAAGACUUGCUGCUUUCUAACAGCUGCAUCCCGUUCCUGGGCUCCAUGGAGGGACUGGAUUUUCGGACCCUGCUGCUUGAUGAAGAAAGGGGUCAGCUCCUACUUGGUGCUAAGGACCACAUAUUUCUGCUCAGCUUAGUUGACCUAAACAAAAAUGGAAAAAAGAUAUUUUGGCCCGCAGCAAAGGAAAAAGUGGAUUUAUGUAAACUAGCCGGGAAAGAUGCCCAUACAGAAUGUGCCAACUUCAUCAGAGUCCUUCAGCCUUACAACAAGACUCAUGUUUACAUCUGCGGUACAGGAGCUUUCCACCCAAUCUGUGGUUACAUAGAACUAGGAGCUCACAAAGAGGAAGUUAUGUUCAGAUUUAAUGCUCAGAACUUGGAGUCUGGCAGACUGAAAUGUCCUUUUGACCCUCAGCAGCCUUUUGCAUCUGUCAUGGCAGAUGAAUAUCUUUAUUCUGGAACAGCCUCUGAUUUCCUUGGCAAAGAUACUGCAUUAACACGUUCUCUAGGCUCAUCACAAGACCAACAUUGCAUCAGGACUGAUAUUUCUGAACACUACUGGUUAAAUGGGGCAAAGUUUAUUGGAAUCUUUCCUGUCCCAGACACGUAUAAUCCAGACGAUGACAAAAUCUAUUUCUUUUUCCGAGAAGUUUCUCAAGAGAGUAGCACCUCCGACAGAGCCAUUCUUUCCCGUGUAGGCCGCGUCUGCAAGAAUGACAUCGGAGGCCAACGCAGUCUGAUCAACAAGUGGACAACAUUCCUGAAAGCAAGGCUUGUUUGCUCCAUCCCAGGUCCAGAGGGAGCUGAUACACAUUUUGAUGAACUACAAGAUAUAUUCUUACUUUCCACAAGAGAUGAAAGGAAUCCUCUGGUGUAUGGAGUUUUUACAACCACCAGUUCUGUAUUCAAGGGCUCAGCGAUUUGUGUGUACAGCAUGGCUGACAUCAGAGCAGUUUUCAGUGGCUAUUAUGCCCAUAAAGAAAGUGUGGACCAUCGUUGGGUUCAAUACGAUGGACGAAUUCCAUAUCCUCGGCCUGGUACCUGUCCAAGCAAAACCUAUGACCCCUUGGUCAAGUCUACCAGAGAUUUUCCUGAUGAUGUCAUAAGCUUCAUCAAACGCCAUCCACUGAUGCAUAAGUCAGUCUACCCAGUGAGUAGGGCUCCAGUAUUUACUCAAAUCAAUGUGGACUACCGACUGACUCAGAUUGUGGUGGAUCGGGUCACAGCUGAAGAUGGCCAGUAUGAUGUCAUGUUUCUAGGAACAGAUAUAGGAACAGUACUGAAAGUUUUGAGUAUCACCAAAGAGAAAUGGGACAUGGAAGAGGUGGUCCUGGAAGAACUACAGAUAUUCAAGCGUCCAUCACCUAUCUUGACUAUGGAGAUGUCUCCAAAGCAGCAACAAUUGUACAUUGGCUCCAGAGAUGGAUUGGCUCAGCUUUCCUUGCACCGAUGUCAUACAUAUGGGAAGGCAUGUGCAGAUUGCUGCCUUGCCAGAGACCCAUACUGUGCUUGGGAUGGAAAUUCCUGUUCCAGAUACACACCAACAUCAAAAAGGCGUGCAAGGAGGCAAGAUGUGAAAUACGGAGACCCAAUUACCCAGUGCUGGGAUGUUGAAGACAGCAUUAGUCAUGAAACCAGUGAUGAAAAGGUGAUUUUUGGCAUUGAAUUUAACUCAACAUUUCUGGAAUGUGUUCCAAAGUCACAGCAAGCUUCCAUUAGGUGGUUUAUUCAGCGCUCUGGAGAAGAGCACCGGGAAGAGCUGAAACCAGAUGAAAGAGUCUUCAAGACAGAAUAUGGACUGUUAAUCCGUAGCUUGCAAAAGAAGGACACUGGGACGUAUUACUGUAAAGCACAGGAACACACAUUUGUCCAGACCAUUGUGAAGUUAAAUCUGAAUGUCAUAGAGAAUGGACAGAUGGAGAACAGUCAUAGAACAGAAGACGAACAAGGCCGUACACGAGAUCUACAAGCUGAGUCCCGGCUGAGAUACAAAGAUUAUCUCCAGUUGCUUAGCAGUCCCAGUUUCAGUCUGGAUGAGUACUGUGAGCAGAUGUGGCACCGAGAAAAGAAACGGCAACGCAACAAAGGUGGGCCAAAAUGGAAGCAUGCUCAAGAGAUUAAGAAGAAACGGAACCGGAGGCAUCACCAACCUGCCAGCCCACACACCUGGCCCUCAUCUACAUAGCUUCUAGAUCUUAUUUAAAGAAAAGACACUUGUUCAAGGGAAAGUACUUUAUUUGUUCUGGGCUCUUCUAUCGCAAUGUUGCUUCUCAAAGAGACCUUGUGAUGCAUAAUCAUUAAUGUACAUGAGACCCUUUGGACAAAUACAUGAGUAAUGGGGAAAAGUCUUCAGGAUUUGUAUGUUGUUCAGUUCUGAACUGAGAUAAAAUAACGCUCUGAAAAGUUCAUUUAUGAAGGAUAUCUUGUGGCUGUCCCCUUGCUUCCCUAAAGUUUAACAAAAGGCCUUUGGGAUGAUUGAACUGUUAGGCUCAAGAAUGUGUGGCUAUCAGGCUGUGAGACCUUUCUUCUAGUCACCAUAGAUUCUUAACCAGACACACCCUUGGUUCACUCAGCUGCACACUCAAAUGUCCUGGACAGGGUGGGAAAUGCCUUGUAUUAGGAAAGAACCAUGAUGCAUUCACAUAUAAAACCAGUGUAAUCUUAGCUCCAUAGAAAGAAUGUGGAGAUGAGGGUGUGAGGGGCAGCCAGUCUGCUGAGAUGAUACACUGACAUGAACUGGAACUGCCAACAAAGAAGACACUUUCCAAGAUGCAAGUGGGAGGCAAGCACAGAGAUUCUUUUCGUAAGGGACCGGAUUUCUGGCAACACCCAUUUUCUUUGGAAGGUUAUUUUUUUGUCCCUCUUAUCCAUGUCUCUCUCACCCUACUGCUUUAACCCUUUUGCUGCUUUGCAGAUGUUUCUUUGAAGCAAAAUCUAACCCGAUUAAGUCCACCCAGCAAAAGGAGGGAAGCAGCAUUAUUAAUAAGAUGUGGGGGAAACAGCCUUGUCAUCAGUCCCUGUAAUUCUUUGUUCCAAGUGCUUGCGUAUGUUAGAAGCAGUAGCACGCUGGUGGAAUUUGUGUUUUAUAUUUUUACUAAAAUAAAAUGAAAACAAUGUCCAUGUGUAAAUAAUGUGCACAAAAGAGAUGGGCAGCUUCACAAUUUUGUAAAAUAUUCUCUCUUUUUUUAACUUUUAAUUUUUUGCUGCUUAAUUGAUUUGUAUGUUUUUCCAUAAAUACUUCCUGUUAAGUUCAGUGGGCUUUACUCUCAGGCAGACAAAUGGAAUAUGUCAGCCAGAUUUACAAUCCAGGGGCACUGAAGCUUGUUUAUAGCAUCAGAAAUGAGACCAAUGAGGGCCUGAUUUUAUUUUUUCCAGGCUGCCUUUGCACAGUAUUGUCUUCUUGAAAUCAGUUCUCCCAUCCAUUGUCCUUACCUCACAUAUACAGAAGCACACCAUUUUACUUUUCAUGCCUUUUGUCAGUGUGAAAUGACAAAUUAGCCAUUUUCCUUACAUGGGGGAAGGUUUUGAUAGAUACCAAAACAACAGAUUUUUCUCGUUUCGCAUGCAUUCUGCUUCAUCUUGGGAGCAAAUUUUGUGGGAAACCCAUGUAAUUGGCAUGGCACUCAUUAAAACAAAGCCUGCUUUUGACUCCCAGCUCUGGAAAAAUAGUUGUUUCUUUAUGUUCUUGCUGUAUUUGUGUGUUUUCCAUUUUUUUUUUCCUGAUUAAUAAUUGUAUGGCCAUUGUCUGCUCUAUUCUGUUUUUUUAGUUGGAUAAAGGGCUACAUCUUGGGGGGGGGGGGGAAAUGCACAUGCUCAUGCAUUGUAUUGCCUUACAUUUAUUCAUGCAUAUAAUAAUUAAGCCAUGCAGGGGCCAAAAUCCAAAUUGAUGAAAAGUUGUUACUGAAAGAAAAUACUGCUAAGCUUCCCCCUCACCCAUUCUUCACCAAGAGGGUCAAUUGUCCAACCCAAUGCCAUUCAGGACACUCGGUGUUUUUUAUAAAACAGGAGAUGUCAUUUAAAAACAUUGAGGUCAGAUAAGAUUUUAAUUCAAACUAUGUGGGGGUAGGUGGGAUGAAACCAGCGCAUUCAAGUUGCUUAAUGACAUGGCACAGUGAAACUCUCACAAGUCAAGGUUAACUAUUUCAGUGGUGGUGUUUAUAUUUCUGUUGUGGUAGAGGUUACUGGAAAAAAUGUCAGUGAAUAAAAUGUAACUGAAAGUAA